AUGGAUUAUGUUUUAAGAAUUUACUUUCUUGAUUUUGUCUUUUUGUUUCUCUCUUUCUUUCUAAUUCUCCUUUCUCUCACUCACUCACUCUCUCUCCUUACUUUCUCUCACUCACUCACUCUCUCUCCUUACUUUCUCUCACUCACUCACUCUCUCUCCUUACUUUCUCUCACUCACUCACUCUCUCUCCUUACUUUCUCUCACUCACUCACUCUCUCUCCUUACUUUCUCUCCUCCUCCUCUCUCUCUCCUUUUCUCUCCUCCUCACUCUCUCUCCUUACUUUCUCACUCCUCACUCUCUCUCCUUACUUUUCUCCUCCUCACUCUCUCUCCUUACUUUCUUCUCCUCUCUCCUUACUUUCUCUCUCUCUCUCUUACUUUCUCUCACUCCUCCUCUCUCUCCUUACUUUCUCUCUCCUCCUCUCUCUCUCUCCUUACUUUCUCUCCUCCUCCUCUCUCUCUCCUUCCUUUCUCUCUCUCCCUCACUCUCUCUCCUUUCUCUCUCACUCCUCUCUCUCCUUCUUUCUCUCCUCCCUCCUCUCUCUCCUUACUUUCUCUCACUCCUCCUCUCUCCUUACUUUUUCUCCUCACUCACUCUCUCUUACUUUCUCUCCUCUCCUCUCUCUCCUUACUUUCUCUCUCCUCCCCUCACUCUCUCUCCUUACUUUCUCUCACUCCUCUCUCUCUCCUUUCUCUCCUCCUCCUCUCUCUCCUUUCUCUCACUCACUCACUCUCUCUCCUUGCUUUCUCUCUCUCUCUCUCCUCUCUUUCUCUCCUCUUUCUCCUCUCCUCUCUCCUCCUCUCUCUCCUUACUUUCCUCCUCUCUCUCUCCUUACUUUUUCCUCCUCUCUCUCCUUACUUUCUCCUCACCUCUCUCCUUACUUUCCCUCUCUCUCCUCUUUCUCCUCACUCUCUCUUCCUUUCUCCUCUUUCUCUCCUUACUUUCUCACACUCUCUCUCCUUACUUUCUCACACUCUCUCUCCUUACUUUCUCACACUCACUCUCCUCCUCACUCCUCUCUCCUCUCCUUACUCCUCCUCUCCCUCUCCCUCACUCCUCUCUCUCACUCUCCUUACUCCUCACUCUCCUCCUCUCUCUCUCCUUUCUCUCUCUCUCUCUUUUCUCUCUCUCUCUCCUUUCUCUCUCCUCUCUCUCUCCUUUCUCUCUCUUUUCUCUCUCUCCUUUCUCUCUCUCUCUCUCUCUCUCUCUCUCUCUCUCUCUCUCUCUCUCCUUUCUCUCUCUCUCUCCUUUCUCUCUCUCUCUCUCCUUUCUCUCUCUCUCUCUCCUUUCUCUCUCUCUCUCUCCUUUCUCUCUCUCUCUCUCCUUUCUCUCUUACUUUCUCCUCUCUCUCUUUCCUUUCUCUCUCUCUCUCUCCUCUCUCUCUCUCUCUCUCUCCUCACUUCUCCUCUCUCUCCUCUUUCUCCUCACUCUCUCUCUUACUUUCACUCCUCCUCUCUCUCCCUUACUUUCCUCCUCCUCUCUCCUUACUUUCACUCACUCACUCUCUCUCCUUACUUUCACUCACUCACUCUCUCUCCUUACUUUCACUCACUCACUCCUCUCUCUCUCCUUAUUUUUCUCUCUCUCUCUCCUUACAUUUUUCUCUCUCUCUCUCUCUACUUUCUUCACUCUUUUUUCAUUUCUCUCACUCUUUACUAUUAUGA